AUGGAUGACGCCAAGUUGUUGGUCAUCGGACCAAAAUUUCGUCAAGAUAUUGAUACCCUUCUGGCUAAUGCAUCUAAGACUAUUACUAACAAGCUUUACGUUCGAGUAGCUGCUGAAUUGGAUCUUCUCAAGGUUUUAUCGGAAGUUUAUAUAAAAGGAUCGAGAAUAUGCGAUACGUUGGAUAUCCGAGUAAUUGUUGAUGAUAGUCAAGAAAGAACAUUCAAAACAAUUAUUGGCGAUGAUAAAACCAUUAAAUGUAAUCGAAUAAUUGAUAAACCGUACAGCGCUGUUGUACUUGGUGGCACAUUUGAUCACUUGCAUAAUGGUCACAAAAUGCUUCUAUCGAGAGCUGUAAUGGCAGCAUCGGAACGUGUAGUAUGCGGUAUUACUUGUGGUGAUAUGAUUAAAAAAAAACUGUUGUGGGAGUUAAUGGAACCGUUUGAAAAAAGAGCAAAAGCUGUGCAAGAAUUCGUAGAAGAUAUUAGCUGCAGUGUUCGUUGUGAAGUACAUCCCAUAAUGGAUCCGUAUGGCCCAUCAAUCGUUGAUCCAGAUUUGAAGGCAAUAGUAGUUAGUAAUGAAACGGAGAAAGGUGGUCAUGCAGUUAAUGAUAGGAGGAAAGAAAGAAAUCUUCCAAUUCUUGAUUUAAUAAAAAUAAACUUAAUCGAUGGAAAGGAUGAAUUAAUGGGGGAAUAUAAGUUGAGUUCAUCUACGCGACGUCGAGCAUUACUGGGAAUGUUUCUCAGGCCACUGAAAUUGGAAGAAUUUCCUCGACCAUUUGUUAUUGGUUUAACUGGUGGUAUUGCAUCUGGAAAAACGAACGCAGCAAAUUUCCUUUCUGAAAAUGGUUGUGAGGUGAUAAAUUGUGAUAAAUUAGCUCAUGCACUUUACGAAAAAGGAACUGUUAUGGCAACCAAUAUUGCUGCAACAUUUGGCGAUCAUAUAGUGCAAGACGGUAUGGUUGACAGAAAAAAAUUAGGAACGAUCGUUUUCGCUGAUAAAGAAAAACUUAGAAUGUUGAAUGACAUCGUUUGGCCAUCUCUAAAGAAUAAAAUCAAAGAAAUCAUUGCACAGAGCAAAGCUGAAUUUGUUGUUGUUGAUGCGGCAAUACUUUUGGAUGCAGGCUGGGACAAUGAUGGGAUAGUACAUCAAGUAUGGAGCUGUAUAAUACCUCCAAAUAUUGCUAAGGAGCGUGCUAUGGAACGAGAUCAUAUUACAGCCGAAGAGGCAGAAGAGCGAAUCCAUUCACAAAUGAGUAAUUUGGAACGUGUAAAACGAAGUGAUGUUGUGAUCUGUUCACUUUGGACAUAUGGAGAGACGAGAAGGCAACUACUUAUGGCUUUGUCCGCGCUGCGUUCAUUUGCUAGUCAGCAUCCUCGGAAAUAUAAUUCUGCCAUUGCUUGA